ACAGUAAGUUGCUAUGCGAGUCUCUCGCAACUCUUGUAAAUCAAACGAUCAUUCGAGUAACACGUAGCUUACGAGGAUGAAAUACUUCUAACCCAGUGAAAUAAUUCAGUGAGUAUACUAUGUCGGCUUAUCUGCUUUCAAUGGAUCAACAGGGGAAAGAAGGAUCUAAUGCUACAAUAAACAAGAGUCAGGGGACACUGAACAAAUCGCAGGCGACACUCAACAAAUCGCAGGCGACACUGAACAAAUCGCAGGCGACACUCAACAAAGUUCCACACAAUGGUUCACAGACAGGACUCAGCAAACAGGGAUCACAGAUGACGGUAGACAACGUCAGUCUUCCACCAAUGACGCCAACUAAAUUGGAUUCCUCGAAGCAAAUGCCCACUGUGGACUCGCCCAAACCAGCGCCCUCUCAGAAGUCAAGAGAAAACGAAAAGCGUCCUGUUUCACCUGAUGUCAACAUGGAAGCUAUCGGGGCCUCAAUGAUUUCACUGCGAACAGAUGAGGUGGAAGUUUCGAAAUGUCCGAUAUGUGCAAAGGAACUAACGUCACCCAAAUGCCUUCCUUGUUUACACACAUUCUGCGAGGCGUGCAUCAGCCGUAACGUUGCUACUUCCUUAUCACAGGGUAAAGCUGUUCAGAUUCGAUGUCCGGUCUGUGCCACACCUGUUUCAAGCGUACGUUCCAUAACAGACCCAUUGGACUUCGCCAAGUCUCUCCCGACCAAUCAUUUUAUUUCCUCUCUGAUGGCACAAAGAAUGCUGAAAAGAAAACUCUGCAAACCGUGCCUAAGAACAGGUAAAAACUCGCCAGCCGUCACGUGGUGUUCUUACUGCGCGGAGACGUUGUGUCAAGAACAUGACAAUUAUCAUCGCGGACUAACAGCAUCAGACGUUCAUAAAACAACAACAAUCGAACAGGUCGAGAAGGAUAAAAUGAUGCUGUACGCUCCAGGACUUUGUCCGAAUCAUUUUAACGAAAAGCUGGUUUAUUUCUGUCAUGAUCAUCGAGAAACGUGUUGCGAAGUUUGCAAGAAGACCCUGCACAAAAACUGCGAAGAUGUCGUCACUACAGACGAAGCUGCUCACGCUUUAAAGGAAACGAAAGAAACCCAUAUACUAUCCCAAAUGCUGAAAUCUAUCAAUGCUCAGACGGACGAGAUUGUACAAGGAAGGAAAGAAAACAUCAGAAAUUUGGAAGCAGAGAAAAGCAAAGAAGAACAAACAAUUAAGAGUUUUCGCGAAGAAGUAAACCGCCAUUUGGAUCUGUUAGAGGAGAAUCUACGACAGGAAUUAGAGGAAAAACAUAAGCAGAAAGUAACAGAAUUGCAAUCAGAAAUGGACUCGUUCGAAACCAAGCGCAUGACAGUGGCUUAUUACAAAGAUCUGCUAAAGGCUUUGAUGGAUUCAUCAUCGGGAAUUCAAGUCAUCAAUGAGCUGGGAAAAGUCGGACAGCAGUGUGCCAUAUUAGAAGAAAAAGUCCAGCACCGCGCCUCGAAAGUGAAACGAGUAAAUUAUGAACUAAAGCAAAAUGACUUAACGUCCAAUCUGGAUUCUAUGGGUUCUGUAGAAUUCCGAUCCACUCCUAUCGUGCCAAAUGUGGUAACAGAGGACUGGAAUAAAUUACGUAGCAAGAAAUCUGUCAACAAAAGUAAACCGCGCGAAAACACGCAUGAUUUCAUGGUCAUCAAAUAUUCACACAGCAAAAUUACCGGGGGUUGCUCCUACAAAUCAAAACUGGUUCUUGUCGACAAUACAGGUCGAGAAAUUCGAGGUUACACUGAACUAGGUCAUCGAGACGAAUCGUUCACGAUUUCAUUCAAAAAGAAUCCAUGGGAUCUCACUUGCUUGCCGGAGAGAGACGGGAGUAGCAUGAUAGCAGUCAGUCUACACAACGACUGUCUAAUACAAAUAAUCGAAUACGGACAAGUGCCAAUUCCAGAUAAACAUAUAUACCACACCCGAUCGAAUUGUUUUGGAUUGGCAUACAUAGAUGGUUUUAUAGUUGUUGCUUGCGUCCAGGGCCUGGAAAUAGCCGAGUUAGUGGACGACCACCGCCUCGUUUACAGAAAUUUUCUAAGAGUUCCAGGAGAAAAGAUUUAUUACGUAUGCUCUGGGGAUAAAAAUCGAGUAUACUACUCGGACGCAGUUGAGAAAGGGUCACUGUACUGCAUAACUCUGGACGGCACCGAAAUAUUCCAGUAUUCUCACGUCGGUCUGAGAUCGCCUCGCGGGAUUUCCACAGACUCGACAGGGAAUGUGUUCGUUUGUGGAUAUUACAGCAACAACAUCCACCAGCUGAACGCAGAGGGCGUCUUGAUGCACAUCAUAGCACCAAAAAGCAAGACGUUCUACAAGCCGCUUGUGCUUAUCGAACACUCUGACCGCAUGUAUUCUGUGUUUGGCAAGCACAAGGUCAUAGUAUUCACUUAAACUUUGCUGUGGUCUGCUAAACUUUGCUGUCGUCUGCUAGGUCAACGAGGACUGAGUUCUGUUUUCUUUCAACUUUACCGUUUCUCUUGGUGUUGGGAAAUAACUCUUUAAAUAUAUAAAAUGACAUCUUGUUUGCGAAGUGUAUAAUUUUUUUUCAUUCUGCGAGCCUUAUUUUAUUUUUCAUAAUAUAUGUUCAUCAAGUAUGAGUGCAUGAAUUCGAUAUUUUAAAAUCUAUUUUGCCGUACUUUUAAAUUUUGUAACUUAUUGUCAACUUGCAAUGAACAACUUUUAAGAAAAAUAUGUGAAUUCGUUUCGAAAUUAUACGACAAAAGUCUGUUCUUCUACUACUGGAAUUGUUAUGUAACCAUAGAUUUUUUUUAAAUCCAUACUGUUUUGCAACACCUCUGCUUGUUUUUAUUUACGCAUGCAUGCCUUUGUAUUUUUCUUCUUCUUUAUUUACGCAUGCAUGCCUUUGUAUUUGUUCUGUACCUCGUGUAUCACAAUCGCAGAUGCGAUUUGAGCGUAACGAUAACUGAAUUUAAACUUGGGGUGUAACAUUAUGUGAGAAAUUUUAACAAUAAAUAAGGUAUCAGAAA